AUGCGGAUAGUCACGAUAAUUCAAGCCUUGAGCUUCUCGUUAGCUCUGGCGUCACCUUUGCCCCAAGACAGCGGACCUGACAAAACGUGCAAAACUGAGCCAUUGACUGCCAAUACAUGGAAGACGCUACGCAUCGAUAAAUGGUUUGAGGACUAUGCAUUCAACAUGACCCAAGGAAAGUCCAACAACGUGCAGCUGUUUUCUUCAAACUUCGGUGCACCCAACUUCUUUUGUGGGUUGGAUUCUUUUUGCAACGCGGGCCAACCAUGCCUGCCCGUUCCGUUUCCUGCUUGGUACGUCUUAGUAGCCAUGCAAAACUGGAAUAGCUACAUGAACUCCGUGAACACGGCCAUCAUUUUCGCCUCGAGCAUCAUGUCGAUGGUUCUUCCCGAGAUUGUUACCGACUUCUACCCAAAGCCUCAGGACAACGUCACCCCUCUGAAGGACGCAUUUAGAAUGUUCAAUACGGUGUUGGGGGUUGUGCCUCUGACUGGAGCUAUAAGUACCGCAGGUUCUUCGGUUAGAGGGGGAUUGAACUUCAUCAACACCCAACUGAAAGUCCCCAGUGGAACAGAUCAAUUCCUCGCAUGGACGCAAAUCAGCAGUACCAUGGCGACGGUUGUACAAACAUAUCAGAAAGCAGUUUCGCAGGCUGUCCAAACAAGUCUGGACGCAAACCUCUUGCAAUCUGUGGGCGGCAUGUACAGCAACCUCUACGAAGGCCAAUUCUUGGGGGUGCAUCAGAACUUCACCCAGAACGACAUCCAAGAGAGAGUCAUUGACACCUUCAAGAUCCGCGCGGUUGCUCUUGCACUUCAAGCUCAAAGGAUGUUCAUUUAUCGCUUUAAAGGACGACCGUCAUGCGCGGAGUACGGAAACGCCGGCAUGUGCGUUCAAGAGGGCUCAACGUGGACUGGCUACAGCCUUUUACAGCUGGACCGCCAAGACAAUGGCGUUAUGCAGAACGGGGCUGUUGACACACUCAUCAGCAAGUACGGAUUGACCCAAGAAGAGAUCCUUAUUGGCCCGACCAAGUGCUACGAUGCCAACGGCCAAAAGCAACUUACGGACAGCUUUGGCGAAACUCUUCCUCUUGAUCCUAAGGCCGAGUGUCUUUUCAUGGUUCCGACAUGUGACGGCUGGCUGGAUGCAGCUGGGAUUUCUCACCCAGAGGCCGAUGGAUACCGUGACAGAUGUGGCAAUCAGGGCGUCCCGCUGUAA